AUGCAUGUUAAUGUAUAUAUUGUAUGCCUUAUACCAGUGAGCAACAGAAGUGAUGACGAACGAAUUACGUCGAAACCAUUGACCAAGAUUAAUGAACAUGUAUCUUGCUGUGUUCGAUGUGCAGAAGCUGAUCCUUCUUUCCGAUCGGUUGUUCAUAGUGUUAUAAUGGAUCAAUAUGAUCUAGUAUCUACGACGGUCACAAGUAUUCCGAUGAAAGAAGAAGCACAGCAAGGACAGUCAGUAAAUUAUGAUGUGGAAGUAUUCCAUCCUCGACGAAGUUAUAUCAUACUUGAAAAAUUAAAUUUAAUUGAUUCAAGUUCAAAAUUACGUUCGCGCCAACUUGGUGGUUAUGAUACAAUUCAGUUAUCUUGGACGACCCCAUCAGCCAAAAAUCGUUGGAAUCAGUAUCCUCGCUGCAUAUCUGCUGUUCCUGUAUCACCAGCAAGUGUCAAUAGUCGUCCAUCAGUUUGCUUGACAUCUUUUCUUCUAGGUGGACGAAAUGUUAUGUUGGAGGUAUUACGACAAAAUAUUGAUUCUGCUCGUGAUAUUCCGCCAAAUAUCAAUCAGAAAUUAAUUUCUCAUUUGUUAAUGUGUCAUGCUGGUCAUAUUUUUAUGCAUACGUUAUGGGUCGGUGAACAUCCCCUUUUUGAUGAUAAAAAAUUGAUUGCGGCUGCUCAAAUGCCUCAAGUAGAUGGACUGCGCGUAAUCGAUUUUGGAGCUCUUAUGAAAGAAUGUCAUUUGAUUGUUCCUCCAACUGCAAAAAAAGAAUCAGCAAAUACUUAUAAUGAACGUGCUAGGAAGCAUCUCAAGCGUUUAACUCGUUUUUGGCCAUUAUUGCUCACUGAUGCUUUCAUUUACAAUAUUCCGAAGAAAUUUGAACCACUGUUAAGUUUAAUCAAAAAACGUGAACUUUCAACGAGUGAUGUCAAUAAAUGUAGAGAAUUCUUUCACACUUUUAUGUCAUAUAAAGAUACGAAAGAACCGCUUACUGCCAAAACUAUCAAUUGUAUAAAAUUUAAAAAUCCGCUAAGCAGAGAUGAACAAUUUCGAAUCUCUUGUAAUGAAAUUUUAAAUCAUCUUCGCAAUUACGUUAAUCAUUCGGAGCGUCAUUUAGAAGUUUUCAAUGUGUUUCUUCAGAUUUCUGGCCUUGAUAGGUCUACUCAUUUGUCGAUUGUGGACGUUUCUCUUAUUGAUUGCAAGUGCAUUAAUAUAUUUUUUUUAGAAAAACUUAAUCUGUACGAUUUCUUUCUCAAAAAAUAUCAGAAAGAGCGCUGGUCGAAAUGGAAAGAUUUCGUUGGUCGUCAGAAUUCUUUGUCAAAUCCAGUUGUUUUGUAUCCUCAUCUAGAUGUCUCUAAAAGCGGUAAAGCGAUCGAAAUCGACCAAUAA